AUGGCCGGUGGUCAAGCGCCCGGUGCGAACUCGCGUGGCCGUGGUGGCAAGUUCCGGAAGUUCACACGCGGCGGUGGCAAGCACUUCUCUCGUAACCUGCGGCCUCUCGAUGCCGAUGGCAAUGAAAUUAGCAUGUGGAGCGAGGAUGGCGUACCAAAACAAAACGGGAGUGACGACUCGGAGGACGACGACUCAGAGGAGGUUUCCGACUCGGAGGAAGACUCUGAUGAUGCUGCCCCUUCUUCGAGUGCUGCCUUAGCGGCAUCCGCAGCAUCCCGCGAGGAUCGCAAGAAGGAGAAGAAGGCCCGUAAGGAGGCAGCGAUCGCUCGUGCCAAGGGCCAGGCCAUCCAAGUGGGCGAUCUACCAUCCAGCGAAGACGAGAGUGACGACGAAGAUCUUCCUACCAACCCGAACCACUCGCGGGCUGCACGAAGCCAGACGAAAGUGGCUUCAGCCUCUGGGAACCGCGAUGUUGACGAAGCUGGCGAGGGAGUCAAGGAUCUAAGCCUAGGCGGUACUACCGCGCCCCAAUCUCGUCGGGAGCGUGAGUCUCUCGAGGCCCAGCAGGCCAAGGAGCGUUACCGCAAACUGCACGAGCAGGGAAAGACGGACGAGGCCAAAGCCGACCUGGCGCGCUUGAGAAUCAUUCGAGAGAAGCGUGAGGCCGAGGCGGCGCGGAAACAGGCCGAGAAGGAGGAGCGGGAAGCAUUAGAAAAAGCUCGCAGAGAAGAGACCGAGGCGCGCGAGGCGAAGAAGCGGGAGGCUGCGCUGGGUAAGCCCAAAAAGGCAAAAAAAUAA